CCAACACACCUUCCUUCCUUUUUUAGUCUUUUAGAGCUUUUCAUCCUCUCUUUUUCUCACUCUCUCACACUUUCCCUCGCUCUCAUUUUCUCUCUCAACUCUCUACUCUCCCCAUCUCAGGCCUUAUCCCAAUUCCCAUGGAACCAGUCUCCUCUUCCUUUCCCGUGACCACCCCUCUCCCCCCUCCACCAUUUCCACCCUCAAAAUCCCCAUGAAUCUUUCUCCCCACUCUCUCUCAACCCUUCUUCCUCCUCUUCUCCUCCUCCUCCUCCUCCUCAACCACCACCAUGAGCUCCUCCGCUCACCCCCAAAACGGCGCCGAAAUCAUCUCCACCCACCACCUUAACUUCCAGUCCACCGUCUCCCUCCGCAAGCUCCGCCGCUUCAACUACCUCAUCCUCCUCUUCCGCAUCGCCGCCUUCAGCUCCUCCCUCGCCUCCUUCGUCUUCAUGCUCUCCACCUCCCGCUCCCCCGACCCCUCCUCCCCCCGCUGGUACCACUUCGACGCCUUCAGGUUAGUGGUGGGAGCGAAUGCGAUUGUAGCGAUGUACUCCCUCUUCGAAAUGGUGGCUUCAGUUUGGGAGAUUUCAAGAGGCGCCACACUCUUCAGCGAGGUGUUACAAGUCUGGUUCGACUUUGGCCAUGACCAGGUGUUCGCGUACCUGCUGCUCUCUGCAGACUCGGCGGGAACGGCGCUGGCAAGGGUUUUGAAAGGGAUGGACACGUGUACGGAGUGGAGCGCGUUUUGCAUUGAGACGGACAUAUCGAUCGCCCUGGGGUUUGUCGGGUUUUUGUUCCUGGGCUUUUCGUCCGUGCUCUCGGGUUUCCGGGUCGCCUGCUUCGUCAUCAAAGGCUCUCGUUUUCAUCUCUAGAGAGAGAAAAAAAAUUGAGGAAUAUUUGGGUAGAGUCAGGGUGUUGGGAGCUUUACUGUGUUGCCCUACUCUUGAUUUGUUCAGAAAGAGGGAUUGACUGAUGUGACGUGGGUGAUGACGGUGGAGGGGAUUCAGUAGUGGGCCUGGGGGUUAGGUUUUUCUUUUGUUCAUGUCUUCAUGAGUAGUUU